GUGGGUUGCUUAUCAACAGAAGUAUUUCUGUGGAGAACAAUACAUAUUGGAGAAAGGAAAAUAUAAGUGUUUUUUGGACUGGGGUGGCACUAGUGAAACUAUUAUGUCAAUUCGCCCCAUUAAAUUGGAACCAUUGGGAGAUCAUCAACCCAUACACUGGAUCAAAGCUUUUGAUAAUAUACACUUCCAGGGAUCAUGCAUUGAUUUUACAACAGAAGCCGCUGAUUUUACAUCAUUCAUACCACUCUCAUUUAAAGUUUUACGGGGAUGUUGGUUGCUUUAUUAUCAGGGAGAAACUGCUGUUGAACAGUGUGUGCUAGAAGAAGACCUCUAUCCUGACCUUGCUUCCUGUGGGUGUUCAGCAACUAAAGUCAAGUCCCUUAAGCCUGUUCAUCAUGUUUUUGCUGAGCCGAUGAUCAGCCUUUUUGCUCUAGAGAAUUGUGAAGGCAAAGAGCUGCACUUGCAAGAAGCUACCAGUUCAAUUCUGAAUAAAGAUUUUCACUUUCUUACUCAGUCAAUAUGGGUAAAAAGUGGCAUGUAAGUACGACAACGAUAAGAUAAAUUAAUGUACUGAGAAUUUUAUUUCUUUACUCACUGUGGAGAAAUCACAUACACAUAUUUCAUAGAUGAACAUACCUGUACUUACUCACUUCUUAUUUAAAACAUUUAUAUAUUCUAUCUUAUAUCGAAUUCUAGAUAGCUCUCAACCUACAAUUAAAAUAGCAUUAAUAAUAAAACAACAUAAUAUAUACAUACAUCAAAACCAUAUACAUUAAAAACCUGGCACCAAAGUUAAGCUUCCACAUUCAGUCCAUCAUUGAAUCCUCUCAUCCACCUCACUCUAUCCCAGCACUUAAGAGGAAAAACAAGAUCUUAAGUACUGUUUGGAAGGGUAGGAUAGAGGCCUGCUGAACCUCAAGGGGAGGAGCUGCCAUGAAAAGAGUAAAUUCCUAGAUCCCAUAAAAUGGCAAUGUUUAAGGGAAGGGACUGGAAGCAUGCCCACCCUAUUUGAUAUGGUAGGAAUGAUAGAUAGCUAGAGACGAUCCUGCAAAUAACUUGGC